CACAAGUAGAAGCGUUUUUUAUAUCCAAAUUUUUUGUGAUGUAGUUAAUAUUUACCCUAAAUUUUGUGCGUGCUAUAAGCGAUUUUUUAUUUUCGUUGAUAACUUCUCUCAUAAGAGGGCUGUGAAUAGAUAAACUACCCUCUGUAGACAGAGCAUUUUGACAUUAGACCGGAGGAGAUUUUGGACACUAUUGGUAGACAGUGAGUGAGAUGUCAAAUGUAUCGUAAACGGGUAAAGAUAAAGUCGAUAGAGCUCCAUGGCUGAGCGCCUCGGCCCUCGAAGCUCCGAGGUGAACGCACUAGAGCAGCGUGGCUACCUCAUCGGCAGGAAGAUCGGGCAGGGCUCCUACGCCAGUGUGCACCUGUCCGAGUACUGCGAUGCCGCCAGCCCCAAGCGGAUGCACCUCGCUUGCAAGAUCUUCGACAAAGAAAAGGCCCCGAGGGAUUUUUUAGAAAAGUUUUUCCCCCGAGAGUUGGACAUCCUCACCAAAAUAGAAAAUCCACACAUCAUUCAAGUGCACAGUAUUUUACAGCGAGGACCGAGAGUGUUUAUAUUUAUGCGAUAUGCUGAUAAUGGUGACCUCUUAGACUUUAUAAAACGGAACGGUGUCGUCCCAGAAAAUCAAGCGAAGCUAUGGUUCAGACAGAUGGCAAGCGGGUUGCAAUACCUUCAUAGUAAAAAUAUAGCGCACCGUGACCUCAAGUGUGAGAACAUUCUACUAUCGCGUCGGUUUAACGUGAAGUUGGCGGACUUCGGCUUUGCCAGAUUCUGCACGGAUGGAGACAACCGACGAGUCCUCAGUCAAACGUACUGCGGCUCUGCAGCGUACGCCGCGCCGGAGGUGGUGAGCGGCACGCCCUACAACCCGAAGCUAGCCGACGUGUGGUCUCUCGGGAUCAUCCUGUUCAUCAUGCUGAACGCAUCGAUGCCCUUCGACGACUCGAACCUGCGCAAGCUGCUGAAGGACCAGAUGUCUCGCAACUGGGUGUUCCGCUCGCGGAUCAGAGACUCGGUGUCGGCGGCGGCGAAGUCGAUCGUGAGGCAUAUAUUGGAGCCGGACAUUACGCUGCGGCUGACGCUGGACCGGGUGCUGUCGCACGAGUGGACGCGGCCGCGCAAGGACCGCAGCGCGAGCCUGGUGGGGCGGCUGGUGCAGUCGGCGCCGGCGCCCGCGCACGGCAAGCACGACGCGGCCGGCCCGUCGGCGCGCGUGUCCGGCGACCACCGCGACGCCGCGCGCGAGCGACACGACGACAUACACAUGCGCUCACACGACUGACCACCGCCGCCUCCACCCCGUCAACUAGCACCCACCCUCCACUGGAAUCAUGCAAGCAACAUACAGUGAAAAAUGACUCUAUUUUUUAAUAAAUUAGGCCAACAGAUUUUAUAAAUUUUAUACUUAUUUUGAUAUUUUUUUUACAAUUGUCGGCUGUACUUUUGUUCGUCGCCAAUAGUGAAAAUAAAUACGUAUAUAUUUUUACAAAACAUA